AAACGAGGAACUCUAUACGAAUAGUGAAACUCGUGAUGAGUAGAAAGAUGUAAGGUUAUAAGAUCUCUAAUGAUAACUGGAAUACUUUGAUUCAGUGAAAUAUUAUGAUCAAGUCAAGAUGCACAAUAUCACAAACUUAGUGACUGUAGAAGUGCUUUAGAUGAUUAUUAAUUAAUUUUUUGAAAAUACAAUACAGCAAUCAUGUCAUUUUAUAUGCGACUUGUUCGCAGUAAACCCAUCCGUUUAUUAGGAAAUAUAGUUAUAAAAUGUUGGGCUUUCUCUGGAACUUAUAUACUUGCUUGUUUUCUCCUAUACUGGCUGUAUGGUGGAAUUUCUGCUUUUUUCCUACUUUGUUUUGCCAUUACAGGUAUGUUAUAUCAUAGAGAAGAUCAACUUGUAUAUCGUCCAGAGUUACCAGCUAAUUCUCGGGUAUAUGUUCCUGCACCUUCAAUAUUUAAAUUACCUUAUCAAAGUAUUUAUACUAAAUCAGAAGAUGGUAUAAUGAUACACAUGUUUUUUAUUUCUCAACCAGAAGAUAAAGCAAAAAAGGUGCCUACUUUGCUAUUUCUUCAUGGCAAUGCUGGUAAUGUAGGACAUAGAUUACAAAAUGCAGUUGGAUUAUAUCAUACUAUUAAAUGUAAUAUUUUAAUGUUAGAGUACAGAGGCUAUGGUUUAUCACAAGGUUCGCCAUCUGAAGAGGGAUUAUAUAUGGAUGCUAGAGCAGGAAUUGAUUAUUUAUCUAGUAGAACUGAUAUAAAUACAAAUGAAAUAAUUGUAUUUGGUAGAUCAUUAGGUGGAGCUGUAGCCAUUAAUUUAGCUACAAAACCAGAAAAUUCACAAAGAAUUUGGUGUCUAAUUCUUGAGAAUACUUUUACUAGUAUUCCUGAUAUGGCAGCAUUACUUUUUGGAUUAAAAUGUUUGCAAUAUUUACCCCUUUUUUUGUAUAAAAAUAAGUAUUUAUCCAUUCUCAAAAUGCGAUCGGUAAUGGUGCCUACGUUAUUUAUUUCUGGCCUGGCGGAUACUUUAGUACCUCCGCGUAUGAUGCAAGAUCUUUAUAAGAACUGUAAAAGUCCGUAUAAAAAGAUACUUACAAUCACUGGAGGUACACACAAUGAAACGUGGUAUCAACCACGCUAUUAUGAAAAUAUCUGUAAUUUUUUAAAUGAAUUAAGAGAAAAUCCUCCAGUUCAAGUGACAUCUAGUCACUGGCAAAUAGAUGAUAUAUAA